AUGGAGUCCGAAAGUUCAAGUGAGUCGUCGUUGGAGAAAUCAAUGGAGAAUGUGCUGCACUUGCAAAAUUCAGAUAAUCCAGGUUUAAUCUUGGUAAUUGCUCCUCUGAAUGGUACAAAUUAUUUGCCUUGGAGUAGAGCUAUGAAGAUCGCUUUGUGUGCAAAAGAUAAGAUAGGAUUUGUUACUGGUGAAAUUAAAAAACCAAGCAAGAAUUCUCCUAUGUUUAAAAAAUGGAGACGUGUAGAUUCAACGUUUUGGGAGAGUAAUGGACCUUUGUUAUACAACAUUAAACGUGAGAUCAGUUUAUUCACUCAAGGAAACAUGCCCCUAAUGGUGUAUUUCACCAAGUUGAAGAAGUUAUGGGAUGAGGUACAAUGCUUGAGGCCAUUUCUUGUGUGCACUUGCGGCAACUGCACUUGCGGUGCAUCAAAAGCAAUAGCAGACUUUGAUGAAGAUGAAAAAUUAAUUCAAUUUUUGAUGGGACUAGGAGACCAUUAUGAUCAUGUCCGCAAUCAGAUGUUACUCAUAGAUCCACUGCCAAGUGCUAGCAAAGCAUAUUCCAUGGCUUUGCGUGUAGAGAAGAAGAAGGAUGUAUAG